UAAGACAAAACGGUGACUUCAACGAAACUCAGUGCCGCUACUAAAAUAAGCGAUCGUCGAAAGAACCUUUGUAUAGCUCUUUCGUGGAUUGAGUGAAAAUCAAAGAAAACUAUGACCAUGAACACGACAGUGACAUCUUUCUCCGAAAACAGCACACAAACAACCAGCGAUGCAGCCUUGAGUGAUUCCGACCAAGCGUGUAAAAUUACAGCAGACUCCGCGGUAGAAGUUACAGCAAAGGCCGUGGCUUACAUUUUCAUUUCCCUGAUUUCAUUCUUCGGAAAUAUCUUACUUCUUGUUGUCAUUUUCAAGAACAAGCAGCUACGAAGGUCGAUGAAUCACUUCGUUUUCAACAUGGCUGUAUCCGACCUGUUCAAUCCUUUGACCGUCAUGACCAUGAAGAUCAUUGAGAUCAUUUCAAGAUCGAGUUCCUGGAAAGUUAACAGUCCGUGGCUGUUGGGAAAUAUUCUGUGCAAACUUGCCUACUUUCUCCCAGAUGUUUCCCUUGUGGUUUCCAUCGGAAGCCUUCUUUUGAUCGCAAUAGACAGGCUCUUCGCUGUUGUCUUUCCUCUGAAGGCCAAACUUAUCACCUCAAAAGUACGAUUGAUCAGGAUUCUUAGCACGUGGCUUGUCGCUUUCACCAUCCAUGCACCUUAUUUUUACAGUUUCAAACUGAUCCCUGUCGAAAGUGAAACGUAUUGUGAAUUAAACUGGGGACCGGCAUUCGACCACUUGAAAACACACAAGGCAUUUGUUACGGCAACCUUUAUUACUUUCAUUCUUAUUCCCAUUUGUGUCCUGAUCAUGGUGUAUGGCACUAUCGCAUGGAAAAUAAGAAGAAAGAACAAGAAAACGAAGGAGAAACUGUCCUGUCGCCAAAACCAUCGAGAUCAACAAUUUAGGAAAAUUGUCCGAAUGACGAUGGCUAUUGUUAUUUCAUUUGUUUUCUGCAUGAUUCCACUGCUUAUCUAUUUAUUUCUUCAAAUAUUUCUGUGGAAUUGGGAAUUGCCACCCAUUUGCGCAUUUCAAACAGUUAUCCCAUUUAUUUCUCUAUUUAUGUUGCAUUCGUGGAGCGCAGUAAAUCCGUGCAUUUGUUUUAUCUUUAGCAAGAAAUAUCGCAACGGCCUUAAGCAGUGUUUUCAUUGUGAUGGCUUAAGUCGAAGGUUAUCAAGUUUGCAAGGAAACUUCCGACUGCAAACAAUGACGAGCUCCUACCGAAACAGCUCUAUUGAGAUCCACUCAAGUCGCAUACACAUUAUCUCAUACAGUAGAAAACCUUGAGCACUAUAUGUAUUGAAAUCCUAACUUAGAAAAGCAGCAGGAACAAUUAUUGGAUGUACACUUCGAACUUUCCACUAUAACAAGGGUAUCUAGAAAUGUUAUAUUAAAACUGAUAGUCUUUAGAGUGUAUAGGGAACAAGGAAGAGCACAAAGAACUAAGUGCCACACACUUAAACACCUGAACAAAAGGACAUUAUGGCACGAUACAUCUGUUCUCUCCGUCAGCGGGGUUUCCUUCGGCAAAAUCGUAAAGUUCGAUCGAUUGAAUCCUGUAAAUUUUAGCGUCAGAGCCACAAUUGGGGCGCUUACUCUAUUCGAAGUUUUUGUGAGGGCAUUUUUUGAGAUGAAAGAUGAUCUAUGAAUUAUUUGCACGGUAUAUUUAAAAAGCGUAGGCAUAUCAUCAUAGCCUGAAAUGUAAAACUUCUCCAAAUAAAUCAUAAAAUAAAUGCCUCCUUUUAUGCAC